CAGAUAGGCUUACCUAGAAGUUGGAACAACUCGCCCUAAGUAUAUGUUCAAUGUGCAUUUGCUCAAGUUCAUUUUGAGCUACGAAUAUUAUCAAUGAAAUCGAAUUAAUUGAAAUUCAUCUGCAUUUUACACUAUAUUGUGGGGGAUGGGUGAAAGGAAAAUAUUACUUAGUAUCACGACAUGAGUUGUGCGAGAACAGUCGAGUAAAUUUUCGUCUAUGCGUGAGAAAAAAAAAAUUAAAAUGCAGAACCACAGGAUAAAACGAGAAAUGGCAAAAUUGGUAUCAAAUCCACCCGAAGGUAUCUCUUGCCAUCCAAAAAGUGAUAAGACCAAUUUAAUAAUGGUCUACAUUGUCGGUCCUCACAAAAGUCCUUACGAGGGUGGUAUCUUUGAGCUGGAACUCGAAGUGGAUAAUUCUUAUCCUUUUGAACCACCAAGGCUCAAAUUCAGUACACCAAUUUAUCAUCCGAACAUUGAUACGAGUGGAAGAAUUUGUAUGGAUCUUCUCAAGAUGCCACCCAAAGGUGGAUGGAAACCAACCAUAACAUUGGAAAAUCUUCUUGUCGCUGCUCAAUGGUUGCUGGGAAAUCCAAAUCCUGAUGAUCCUCUCAUGCCUGACAUUGCGACAGAGUACAAGAUCAAUAGAAUGGAGUUUGACAGAAAAGCCCGUAAAUACACCCAGGCACAUGCCAAAAAAAAUACAUACUAAUUUUAUAAACAUGAAGAAAACAUGAACAUUUUUUUUUGCAAACAAGUAGCUUAAAAAUUUCAUACUAUUUUAUACGCUCAGUCGAUGAAUUGGAUCAAUGAAGCAAAUUGUUUACGAUAUUUUCAAAUAGGUAUUUAUUUGUUUUCUCUUGGCUUCAACAUAAACUUCAAUGUUUGCCAUUGAUGAACAUACAAUCUAUUUUUCUAGAACAAAAAGCACUGGAUUAUAAGAUUAUCAUUGCCUAUGUUUGAAUUAUAUCGAAUACUGCUUCUGUGUUCGUUUUUUUUUUCUAGAUGCUUAACUUCAAUCAUAAGAAAAUUAUCAAGGCCAUAACUGCUUUUCUGAAUAAAAUUAGCAAGCAGUGACAAAAAUAUAAUGAUAAUGUAUUACGUCUAAAACAUAAUUAUAUUUAAAUAAUAACUACGAGUACCAUAUAAUUGAUACCGCAUUUAAUUGAA